AUGGAUGCUUGUUUCAAAUGCCCAGAAGAUCAGUAUCCAGGAGAUGACAAGACUCAAUGCAUCCCCAAAACCAUCAAUUUCCUGUCUUACCAAGAACCCUUAGGAAUUAGUUUGACUUCAGCUGUUGUUUCUUUUUCCCUGAUCACAGCUUUGGUGCUAGGAACCUUUAUUAAGUACAGAGAUACCCCCAUUGUCAAAGCCAACAACCGGGACCUCACCUAUGCUCUCCUCAUCUCUCUUUUGCUCUGCUUCCUCUCAUCUUUGCUGUUCCUGGGCAAACCUGGGAAAGUGACCUGUCUUCUUCGCCAACCAUCCUUUGGGAUUGUCUUCUCGGUGGCUGUUUCUUGCGUGCUGGCAAAGACCACCAUUGUUUCUCUAGCAUUCAUGGCCACAAAACCUGGAUCCAGAAUGAAGAAAUGGGUGGGGCGAAACCUGUCCAACUCUAUUGUCCUUUCCUCUUCCCUUAUUCAAGUCAUUAUUUGCACUACAUGGUUGGCAUCUUCUCCCCCUUAUCCUGAUUUAGACAUGCACUCAGUAACAAAAGAAAUCAUUCUACAGUGCAAUGAAGGGUCCACUGCCAUAUUUUAUUGUGUCCUUGGCUACAUGGGACUCUUGGCAAUCACCAGCUUCUUUGUCGCAUUUCUUGCCCGGAAACUACCGGAUAGUUUUAAUGAAGCCAAGUUCAUCACAUUUAGCAUGUUGCUCUUUUGCAGUGUGUGGGUCACCUUUUUGCCAACCUACCUGAGCACCAAAGGAAAAGACAUGGUGACUGUGGAGAUCUUUUCCAUCCUGGCUUCCAGCGCUGGAUUAUUGGGCUGUAUCUUCUCUCCUAAAUGCUACAUCAUGAUUUUGAAGCCUGAGUUGAACAGCAGAGAGCAGAUGUUAAGGAAGAAUAUUUAA